CCAGACCAAAGGACCACCCUCCUGGCUUCAAACCCGCCCCACUUUGAUCAUCCAGUUUCUGCACCACGGACACAGGGGCCUUCCAUUGGGCAGAGCACAACCCCAUCUGCUCAGUCUGGAGGAGGCCAACAAAAUAUCACCAGGGUCCCCUCCCACACCACGGCUUCUCUGACACAUGGGUCAUGGAUGCAUAGCGGUACUUCAGAGGAAACUGCUCGGUCCACUUCUGACUCAGUGACAAUUUACCAUCCCUCCAAGACUCUGCCUGGUGCUGCCAGCACAGGGGCAGAGCAGAUGGUCACACAUAUCCUCGAGCCCAGUAUCUCCCCUGCCCCCACCACACUGCUUGGCAAACACCUCAGACCCUUGCCUACUUCACCAGACCCCAGAAGCAUGUAAACCAACCGGAGGACACAAGCCACCACCAAAGCUCUCCUCGUACAGCCUCCACAGGAUGAGAUUCCGGUCAUGCUGUUAGAUGAUGAGAGCGAGGAGGAUGAGACUCACGGUCAGGUGGUAGCACCUCACCAGGAUGUCUCUUGCGAUUACCACCCCUGCAAGCGUCUGCAGACCCCACGUGCAGAGUUACAGAGACACUUCAGAUGCCACCGCCCUGGUCUCAGUGGGGAAGAUACCAUCCCAGAGCCUCCCAAGCUGCAGGGGGUUUCAGAAAUGACAGACACAUCAAUGCUCAUCCAUUGGUGUGCCCCCAACUCAGUGGUGCACUCAUACCAGAUCAACUACCUGACAGCAGGAAAAUCUGGGAACCAGUCAGUAGUGGACAUCUAUGCUACAGCCCGACAGCACCCCCUGUACAAGCUGUCACCAAGUACCACCUACCAUGUGUGCAUACAGGCAGCCAACAGGACUGGUCUGAGCCAGCAGCGGACCUCAGGCUGGAAGAGGUCAUGUGCCACCUUCACAACCAAGCCCAGCUCUGUGGUCAUCUUCUGGGGACUGUGUGCCUCGAGUGGACUGUUACUAGUUUGCACCCUGGUGCUGUCUGUGUGUCUCUGGAGGCAUUGCUGGAAGUCACACAGGCAGUACUAUGAUACAGACCUGGUGGCCUUCAAAACCCCAGCUGGGGCUGAGGAAGUAGCUCAGUGGUAG